AAGACCAGACCAAACACAGUACGUGCCAUACUUUUAUUAUGAAGUACUUCCGGCGGAAGAUUUGACAGCGCCGUCAUUCCUCGUGUUCUGGAUGUAUUUUGCGCUUUCGUACAAAUAAGCUUGGAAAGGUGUGUAGCAAGUACGAGCUGUCAUUGUUUUGGAGUAACACUCUCCAUAGGCAGAGAUGUCAGAGAGCAGAGAGUGUGCGCCCGCCGGUGCCCCUUGCCUCACCGUAACCAUCGGGGCCACUGUACCGACGGGGUUUGAGAACACUGCUGCGGAGGAGGUCAAGGAGAAGAUUGGCGUGGAUGCAAAAAUAAGCAAAGACCGAGGAAGAAUAUAUUUUUCAAUUACCACUGACAGCCUUUUCCGGGUUCACCGUCUGAGGUCUGUGGACAAUCUGUUUGUUGUGGUUGAUGAAUAUGACCAUUAUCAGUUCAAAGAAUCAAAGGAGGAAACAUUGGCAGAACUGAAGCAGCUUGCCUCCAAACUUCCCUGGAGCAAUGCCUUGGAGGUCUGGAAAUUAAAUCGAUCGUUCAAAAAGAAAAAAAGUCAUCGCAGAGGAGCCAGUAAACCCAAAGUUAAACCUGAGGGCGAUGGUAAAGCCGAGGUCCAGAAUGAGCAGGACGAGCUGUCUGAGCCAGUGUCUGAAGAACAGUUGACUGCUGACGUCACUGACCAGACUGAAACAUCUACUUCAGAUCAAGAGGAACAAUCUGAGGCCAAGGUCAUGAAGUUUCGUGUGACAUGCAGCCGAGCAGGGGAUAAGCACAGUUUUUCUUCUACCGAGGCAGCCAGAGAUUUUGGUGGAGCUGUGCAAGAAUUUUUCCAGUGGAAAGCUGAUAUGACAAAGUUUGACAUAGAGGUUUUACUUAACAUACACAAUGAAGAAGUGGUGAUUGGCAUUGCCCUAACAGAAGAAAGUUUACACAGGAGAAAUAUCAGUCAUUUUGGUCCCACCACUCUGCGCUCCACUCUGUGCUAUGGAAUGUUAAGACUGUGUAAACCACAGCCGUCCGAUAUUAUACUUGAUCCAAUGUGUGGGACAGGAGCUAUACCUCUCGAGGGAGCCAUUGAAUUUAACAAUGCUUUCUACAUAGCUGGGGAUAACAAUGACAUGGCGGUUAACCGUACAGUCAAUAAUGUGUUCCACUUUCAGAAACAAAGAGCAGACAAGGGCAGUGCUUUCGGGUUACCCAUCGACACAGUAAGAUGGGACCUCUGCAAUUUACCCAUGAAGACAGGCUCUGUGGACAUUAUUAUUACAGAUAUGCCUUUUGGAAAGAGAAUGGGUUCUAGGAAAAAGAACUGGGACCUUUAUCCAUCCUGCCUCAGGGAAAUGGCCCGUGUGGUCAGACCAGGCUCAGGAAAGGCUGUGCUGUUGACACAAGACAAGAAAUGCUUUGCUAAGGCGAUUUCUCGGAUGGGCGGCCUGUGGAGAAAGAUGCACACUGUAUGGGUGAAUGUUGGGGGCUUACAUGCCGGGGUCUACCUCCUCAAACGCACCGGAGGUGUGUUUGGACAAACUCCUGAGGACAUCUAUAAUGUACCACAGGGGGACAGGUCCUCUCACAGGGACAAGAAGAACAACUCGGAGACGCCCUAAUGUAUAUCCAAGGAUUACAGCAUUGAUCACAUGUUCCUGUUUGUUAUUUUUGGUUAAAGAAAAAAUGGGAAAUGCAUAUUAAUAUUAAGUAUACAGUUUAGCUAUCUCUGUUGAAAGCUCAGUUCUACAUAUUGCCAUGUGUUUAUAUUAAUAAAAUAAUCCUGCUGACUUUA